CAGGUUAGCCUUGGUGUGCACUCAUGGCUCUAGAAUGUUGCGAUGCAGGCGAGGAACCAUUCUUUACUUUAUGGACAUCAAAGCAAAUCACGUCCAAGCCCCCAACCAUAAGUGCAGUCGUCAUAGAGAAAACCAUGGCAACAACACAGUGGCACGUAAUCGUCUUUGUAACGUGACGAAGAUGAUCGAAGAAUUACGCAGCCGUUGCCAAGGGAGAAAGGAUUGCUGGAUAAAACUAAGUGGAAGCCUCAUUGGGAAAGCUUGCACAAGAGAGGUGGCAUUCUUACGGGUGAAAUACACUUGUGAACAAGGAGUAAAUGAUUCGGUUGAAAAUCCUGAGAGACCAGACCAUCCAACGUAUUCGGAUCACCUUGACAAGCUUUGCCCUGAGACUUAUGACGAAGAAACAGAUGAUGUCAGUGGUGAUGAUGAUAGUAACGCAUAUGAUGACUACGUUAAUGAUGUUGAUGAUGGCUGGAGUGAUAAUGAUGACGAUGAGAACUACCCCACUGGAUAUGACGAAGACGUUCAUGAUAUUCUUGACGAUGAGAUGGCUCAGAUCAACGGUUUCCUGUCCAAGCUGUUUGAGCACAAGAGCGGAAAAGAUCACCGCCCGCGGUAUAACUGGAUCAAACAACCUGACUUGUACAACGAAUUCAAAUUUAAUUUUUCUUCAGUUUGCCCGCAGAAUCAACCACUGCUGUCGAAUUGCAACCAGAGACUGUGCGAGGAUGUGAGGUGUGACAAUCGGAGGAAUGUAAGGUGCAGGGUAAACCCAUGUGGUACUUGCAGACCCGAGUGUUACGACGUGGAAGGAAACAAAGUGCAGACUCCUCGAGCCUUAACAAAGUGCGAGUAUCAGCGUAGAGAGAUGCGCCACCAAAGUUUUCGUGGCCACGUUCCGAGAUGCAAAGAAGACGGAAGCUUUGCUGAAAUUCAGUGCUAUCACGAGGUCAAGAUAUGUUGGUGUGUUGAUAAAGAAGGAAGAGAGAGGAAUGGUACGAGACAGAAAGGAGCCCCCUCAAACUGUAGCGCAGGGGGCCAAGUCUUGUCACCUUGUCAAACAGCCCAGCUCAGCAACAGAGACCUCAAAAAACAUCUCCGUGUGAUGUCUAAGAGGUACGAAAGGACCGCAAAGACUUUAAGACUUAGAGCACAAAAUGCGACCCAAAGGAGGCAGCAAAGGAAUGAAAGCUGGCAAAAUAUUAGGCAGUGGUCGCAACGGGCAAGAACCUGCCGCAAACUUGCGCGGAUAACUCGCCAGCACGCGGUGAAUACAACUGUUCCGAAUUGUGCUGCAGACGGAAGUUAUGACAGCAAACAGUGUGCAUGGUCUAAAAAAUUCUGUUGGUGCGUUGACGAAAAUGGGGGGCCAAGGGGAAAAAAGCAAUUAAAGCGAUAUGAAAAACUCAACUGUUCCAGGACUGCAGCUGACAAACCAGGUAUGUGCCCUGUUAUGCCAACGUCCGCCGCCUACAGGUGUAAAUCCCAAUGUGCGACUGACGCGGACUGUGAAGGGGAACACAAAUGCUGCAUGAUGGGAUGUGGGAGGAGGUGUGUUCCUCCGAACGAACCAGUGUGCCCUAAGGACAAGCCUUUCAAACUGUGCAUCUAUGACAAAUGCCUCUCAUCCCCAGGCUGUUUCAAUCAUCCCACAGCUUAUUGUCGAAUGAAUUAUUGUGGAGGAUGCGUCGCUGAAUAUUUUGAUAAACAAAAUCGAAAAGUAGACUGCAGUAAUGGAACUCAGUGCCAAAUUCAGCGACAUUCGGCCUCAGAAGUGUACAAGAAGAAGUUUUUCGGAGUCUUUGGUACUCUGCCAGUGGUCAUUCCAGGAUCUCAAGUUGAAGACUACGGUCCAGGUAGCGUAGGAGGACAGGAUGAAAAUGGUGGUAGCCAAACCGGCAUUAAUGUUGGCAACCCAGGUAUACAGAAUGGAUUUGGAAAUGGCGCCUUGGGAUCAAGUGGAUCACGUGGUUCACGUGGUCCAUGUGGAUUCAGUGGUUCAAGUGGAUCUAGUGGAAGUAGAAGAUUCAGAACCCGAAGAAGAGGGAAAGGAUCCAUCAAUGGAUUUCGCAAAGGAGAUCAAUCUGGACAGGAAAGACGUACAAGCAAUAACAACGAAAACAAUGGAAGGGAGGAAGACCUUGGUGUGUUCAUCCCUGUGUGUAAUUCAAAGGAUGGAGCGUUCAUAACAGAACAGUGUAACACCACGGCUGGUGUAUGUUGGUGUGUGGACGGAAAUGGUCGAGAAAUACUUAACACGCGCGAAAAGGUGGAAAGAGGAAAGAGAAACUGUACAGCAGCUGUUAUCAAGUUCAAAAGCGAUGAAAAGAAAGGUGUCAAACGUGGAGAAGGAAAGAAGGGGCAGAAUGAAUUGAGGGUGGCAAAAGUGACUUUAAGACUGGCGGGAGACUAUGAUGAAGUCGCUGCGAACAAAGAACGUUUUAUCAGGUACGUAGAGGACGAAAUUGUCAAGAAGUCUAAUAAUAGGAUCAAGAAGAAGCAAAUUCGGAAUAUCAAGCUCGAAAGGGAAGGCAUCAAAGUGACAUUCGAAAUCGUCGAAGAUAGUGAGUCUACGGCUACGCUGGAUGAAAUCUUGGUAACGUUGGAAAGUCAUAUUAGAUCCAAGAAUUUUGUGGUCAAGAUGCAAGACAAAGAAUACCCUUCGGAUGGAGCCUUUCAUGUUUCGUUGUAUGUUCAGCGUGAUGACGACCGAAAAGAGUCUGAACCCAAACGUUUGCUGGCGAUGAUAGACGCAGCUACUAUCGGGGCCUUUAGUGGGAUUAUCCUUUUUGGAGCAGUGUUGUUCGUUUUGAAGCUCUGUCUCCGAAGGAAGAAGAAAGACCCUGAGAACUGGCAAGACAAGGUUGAGGAGAAGCCUCCGGUGGAACAGUACGUCAUGCCGGGGCCCGAGGCAGUGACGAAUCUGCCUCCUAAGACUGGGCCUGAGCUGGAGACAGGGCUAUCAUCAAAGCCUGACUCUCAGGAUCAUGUUUGAACUAAGAUGUCGAAUUUUUCCUUUUGUAGCUUGCAACAGUAAAAUGCAAUGACUUUACUUGGUAAACAAUUGAAAGUGUAGUGCUUUUUAUAAGGCUUCGCAUUAAUGAGAAAGUUAAAGUUGGAAUAGUUUAGAAAAUUUCUAGCCAUCUCGCCUGUGAGAGAGUUAAGGGAAGGAGAAGGGCCCUUCAGUAUUGAGCUCCCUUCUGAAGGAAGAAUGGAGAGCGAGUUUUUCAAGCCGUUGUAGUUUUACCAUUUACGCAUGUAACCAUUUGUUGAUCACUCUGCUGAUUAAUAAUAAACCUUUGAUCGAAA